AAUUUUGUUCUCGUUAACCUUUCACCCCACACUUUUCAACACGUAGAGCUUGCACCCUCCCCAGACUGCGUAGAUGCAAACGAGAGAAGGAAGUCCCCAAUGCUCGCAAAAUAUUCGCAGAACUCUCACUCACGAAACGACAUGAAUAACUAAAUUUUAAGACACCUUCAUACGUGGACGGACCUUUGUUGAGGUUAAGCAAAAAAAGAAGGAAAAAUUGGCAAUACAUUCACAAUCACACAUUAAGCACAAGAUUAGUUAUUUUCUAUUUGACUGUUUCACACCCAAAUUCGAGUUUCAAAUUCGUAGUGUUAGUAAAAAUUCUUAACUGUCUUGGAGAGGAGUGAGUGAGUACGAGUGACCCCAUUUCCGAACCUGCCUGAUUGGAGUGAGAGAGAUCCGCAUACUCGAACUGAAAGUGACCUCAAUUUAUCUCCUCUUCCAUUUCCACUGGUUGUACAAUGUCAAACCCAGGUUUGGAACAACCAGGUUUGGAACAACCAGGCAUUGAAGUGCUGCUUCCUCCGAAAGAGCCCAUUGUACAAAAUGAGGAGAACCAAGGACAGGUAUCAAAGUCAAAUAUCCCUGCAAAUGCAAAUGUGAUAGAUGUACCGACGGUGGAAGAAACAGAAAAAUUGGAAGUGACGACUCCACCCCCGCCUCCUGAAAUCGCACAGAAUAAAAGUCCCCUUUUAAUUGAACUCCACGCUUCUCGCAUGCCGAUGGAGUCAUCUUCGUCGGGAUCUCUGAGUUUGGAAACUAUGGCUGGUUCUACGCCGUUUAGCAGUAUUGAGGGGAUUACGGACAUUGACAUUGCAUCCGAAGUCAUUUUACCAAAGAGUGCUGGAACACCUAAUUUGCUAGACGUGUCGGAUGACAAUGCCCUUCUCAAGUACCCAAGACCAACUGGAGCAUGUUUCAAUAGAUGUGAAAAGGUUGAUCCUUGUUGUAAACCAGAAGUCAAACCAACUGAUCCUGGAUACUUUGAACCUGCGGAUUUGGAACCUGACUGCAAAGGACGUCGGAAGCCACUUCCAACCUAUGAAGAUAACGUUCGCAGGAAAGCAUACAUGAAGGAUGUGCUAUUGAAUGCAAACUCUCACGAAGAAAAAAGUACCAAAAACAAGGAAGAAUGGGACAAAAGAAAACAUUUCGAUGCGCAUCCUGAAACUACCGAUUCGCUGGAAUUUCUGAAAACUCACAAUGAAUUUCAAGUAUCUGGUCGUCAACUUCGAAUCCCCAAUGAAGAACUGCAGAAUGCUUUAAAUGGAUUUGCCAACAUGCAUUUGGCUCAUGAAAUUGCUGUAAAUCAUGAAUUUCAAUUGGAGGUGUAUACCCCGCCUGCCGAAAGCCUUGAAGAACAAGUCCGAACCCAGAUGAAAAAAGCGUAUUGGGACAUUUUUGACGAGGCGAUAUCCACGCAUAAUCCCAAUCCUGCUUAUGCACUAAGCGUGUUUCGAGAAAUGAAGCAGAUGCUUCUUGGCCUACUUUUGCCUCAUAAUCGUCAAAUCAAACACAGGAUUGAAAGUUUUCUCAACGAAAGUGCCAUUCAAUACGAAAUUGAUCAUGAGAUUUUGGAGUUUUCAAAAUACACGGACUUUAUCAUCAACAUCCUUGGACAAUUGUGUUGCCCUAUGAGAGAUCGUCAAAUUGCAGAAUUGAAACAAUUAGGCAAACCAUCCGAUGUCUUUAAAGAAGUAAUGCAUGUAAUGGAACAAAUGCAGUUGGACAUGGCCAACUUCUUAAUCUCCCAAAUCCGCCCAACCAUUAUCAGCAACUGUGUUACCUACGAGCGCAAAAAAUUUGCAAGUUAUAUUGAGUUGCAGUACACUCUUAAUCAAGACCCCCUUCACAGAACUCGGCCUUGGAUAUUGCGCCAUCGAAUGGAAGAUCGGCUACCAAUUAUUGUGGUUGGGAGGGCAUUUGCUGAGGUCUUGAACUGGGAUGCGGGCGAUUGGCCUGAGACUUUAACACUCGAUUGGACACGAUUUAUUGGACUCGCGGAAGAAACCAAGAGAUCAACGUUCUUGGGAGCUGCUGUCUUGAGGGCCUUUAACGCUGCUAAAAUAAUCUUUGGGGAAGAUGGUGAACAACAAGGAAAUUCACUAAAGUGUUUUCCUUUGCGUGAAGCAUUACGAGCUGAUCUGAAUCUUAUUAUCAAAAAGGAAGACUGUGUUAGCGAAGAAAAACUGAAGAACGUGAUGGAUCUCUUGGCUGAGCAAUCUGUUAAAGUCUGUGACCAGUUUAUGAAAAGACUCAUAAAUCGUCAUAUUACGAAUCUUGAAAAGGAAUUAUUGCGUCGAUCUGUCCGAGGUUGUGCGCGUGAAGAUCAUCCGGUUCGGAAUAUAUUGCUGCGCAGAAUUCAAGAGUAUGCUACCAACGUUAUUGCAGCAGGCAAAUUGACAAAUGUAGAUUUCCCCAAAGGAAUCAUGGUUAUCGAGGAACAAGUCAUGGGGAUCAUCGUACAACUCUCGAGGCUCGUGCUACACAAUCGUGCAGUCUACCAAGACCUGUAUUUUGGAAUUAUUCAUGAUCAAGUUCCAGUUCCAAAAUUUAUGGACGAGAACAAUGACGAGUUUGACCCCUCAAUUGUAAAAGCCAUGCAACUUCUCGACUCUGAACCUAUCGAUAAACUCGUCAUGACAAAACGAAUGAAGAACUGAAGAAUUGUCAAUUUUAAACUCCUUGUAAUAAUGGCAACCUGGAAACACUUAUGUAUAAUAAUCUUUAUAAAUCGAGAAAUAAGGCAUUUGACUAUAAAAGGUAUACGUAUGUGUGGAUUGCGUAUGGCUUCUACCUAAGUAUAACGGAACUAAUACAUAUAUAUCACAUUA